AUGGAUGUUUCUGAAGAAUAUGGUUCAGUUGUUCGCAUUCAACCAAAUGAACGGGUGGUGUCAAUUCCUAUCUCCAAUGCCCCAAAGAAUCGUGGAUUAAUUGGUAUUCUUACCAUCCCCACUGAGAUCUCUACAAAACAAAUAGAACAGCCUAUCAUUCGCGCCCACGAAACUUUAAAUCUCGCAAUCUUGAUGCAUGGUCUGGGAGGCCAUAAGAACUACACUUACCUCAAACUUACUGCCCAACAGCUAGCCAAUGACAACGGUUGGUACUCAUUCCGCUUUGAUUUUCGCGGCUGUGGCGAUUCUUUUGACGAUGACGAGGACAAGGGAAUCGCUCUUGAUGAUCCAGAAAGAUCCGCCAGAGAAUUCGAUCAAGAUCGAGAAGAUUUGGAUAUCGUGGCGAAAUUCUGGAACGACCCAAUGAAUUAUCAACACUUGUUGGGGCCUAGAGAAUCCAAAUACCAAGAAGGUUCAUCAACGAAAAAAUUAUACAUCAAUUCUAUCAUCGCCCAUUCUCGAGGGGUAAUCCCAAUGUUUCAAUGGUCACUCGUUCAGUGGCAAGCUCAUUGUGUUGGGGCGCCAUGCAUUUUGGUCCGAAAUCUUAUCAAUUGUUCUGGUCGGUUUGCAGGCCACAAACUUUUCGAAUGGGCUGGAAGAGCUAUUGAUGAUUGGCCGAAGGUUGAUGGUAUCAGGUAUUCAAUGUACAAGAAUAAGCAAUUUGGGCAGUUGGGACUUAUCCCAAGAGAAGAACUUGAAUUGACCGGGAACCACGAAUAUUCUGGAGAAUGGGACCUUGAGCCUCUCAAUGAGUCCGGAUAUUAUUCAACGUUGACAAUAUUCGGGGUCGAGGAAGAUAAAGUGGAAAUCGAGGAUGCGUACCGCUUCACUAAUGCGUUACAUAAAAUCAACAAAUUAAUAUUGAUUCGUGGGGCCGAUCAUAACUAUUACGGGAAGUUCCCAGUGACACCCGAAAUUGAGCACCCCAGCAAUCCGGAUGGUUGGCCAGUGAAUUCUCGAGGACUUGUCAACUAUAACCACGCAGUAGCCAAGCAUAUUGCGGAGUUUUUAGGCGAUAAAGAGCGUUGUAAAAGAUUACAUAAAUCGGUGAAUUCUGGAUCAAUGGUACAGGUAUCGCGUUGGAAGAAUAUUGAGGGAAUCAACAAUUUCCGUGACAUUGGUGGAUAUCGUGUAGUAGACACAAGAUAUUUGACCAGCAAUGAUGUUUACUAUUUCAAAAUUGGUAAAGUGUUUCGCUGUGCUGAUACUUCCAAGAUUACCAAACAGGGGAUCGAAUCGCUUGACAAAGGUCUUAAAAUUGGUAAGGUUUUCGAUCUUCGAUCAGAUUCAGAAAUUCUGGCUAACCCUUUCCCCAUCGGAGCUUGUGAGCAAAUUACUAAUGGGACGGUGAAGUAUCAUCAUACUCCAAUGUUUAGAGGUACCGAUUUAUCACCAGAGGCAAUCUUUUUUAGGUACGAAAACUUGCUUGCUUCGCCAUUUGCAAUUCCUGCGGUAUAUAUGGACUUCUUGGACAGUGGUGCCCACUGUAUACGAGAAAUAUUUGCCCAUGUGCUAGAAAACCGCGGGAACUUUGUAUAUCAUUGUGCGGCUGGUAAAGAUCGUACCGGGGUGGUAUCGUUAUUGAUGUUACUUGUUGCUGGAGUGUCUGACGAGGACAUAGCUUGCGAUUAUGAGUUAACCUCGAUCGGAUUACUACCACAAUUACCAGAAAUUAAAAAGCACUUUGAAUUACAAAUGAAGAAAUUUAUGACGAAAUUCGCGGCUUACAAAGGGUACGAGUACGCUAGCGAACAGGAGUUAACAGCAAAAGUCAGCGAGUAUUUGGGAAGGGGUGAUCCUAAGUUUGAUAUCUCAACUCAUGGUUUUAAUAAUUUGGUGUCUAGUAGAUAUGAUACGAUGUUGAUGACCCUUUGUCAGUUCCAUGACAAGUAUGGCGAUGUUUAUCAGUACUUUUCCACGGUUCUUGGGUUUGACGACACCGAUAUUGCUAACAUUAAGCGGAAUUUGGUAUAUUCUGGGAGUCCUUUUACGAAAUUAUAA